CUUUGAAAUAUGGCGCAUGCGUUGUUUACUUUGCGGAAGUGCAAUGUGUGGCUUGAUGUUAGCCAAAUGCAAUUAGUGUGGAAUUGGUUGUCCUGCUUGCCUGUCUGUUGUAUUAAUGAAUGACCUUCAGUUUAAGUUUUGUUAAUAGUGCUGUAGAGACAUGGUGGGAUAUGACCCCAGGGCUCAGAAUGCAGCACCCUCCCCAAAUGAGGCAGCCCUUGCUGGAUCAGCUGCUGGGAUGGUCACCAGAGCCCUCAUCAGCCCUUUUGAUGUCAUUAAAAUAAGAUUUCAGCUGCAGAUUGAGCGUGUGUCUUCACGAAGCCCUGAGGGGAAAUAUAGGGGAAUAUAUCAGGCAUUCAGAAGAAUUUACUCUGAGGAAGGUCUCUCUGCUUUCUGGAAAGGUCAUAUUCCAGCACAGCUCCUGUCUAUUUGCUACGGGGCCGUCCAGUUUGUCAGUUUUGAGUUUCUGACUGAGUUGGUUCACAAGUCAACCCCAUAUGACAGCCAGACUUCAGGAGUUCAUUUUUUCUGUGGCGGCCUAGCAGCCUGUUCUGCUACAGUGGCCUGCCAGCCUCUGGACACGCUGAGGACGCGCUUUGCAGCUCAGGGAGAACCCAAGGUUUACGGUAACUUGCGGUAUGCCGUGUCCACGAUGUGGCGCACUGAGGGGCCACUGACGUUUUAUCGCGGCCUGUCUCCAACUCUGCUGGCAGUGUUUCCUUAUGCUGGACUGCAGUUCUUCUUCUACAAUGUCUUUAAGCAGCUGUUGAGUCCUCCAGUUAAAUCCAGAGACUCAGGAGGAAACCUGAGAAGCCUGGUCUGUGGCAGUGGAGCUGGAAUGAUCAGUAAAACCCUCACAUACCCCUUUGAUUUGUUCAAAAAAAGGCUGCAGGUGGGGGGCUUUGAGAAAGCCCGAGCUCACUUUGGAGAGGUGCGGACCUACAGAGGCCUGAUGGACUGCGCGGUUCAAAUAGCCAAAGAGGAAGGUAUUCGAGGGUUCUUCAAAGGCCUCUCUCCCAGCCUCCUGAAGGCGGCUCUGUCCACAGGCUUCACUUUUUUCUGGUAUGAGUUCUUCCUCAACAUCAUGAAGAACACGAAGGAGAAACGGAGAACUGAUGACCUCAGUGGUGGCCGAAAGGAGAGAUGAUGAAAUAAAAAAAAAAAAAUUAAAGAAAAUGAGGCAAUCACGCACACUAUAAAUGCACUAAUGCCUUGUUGCACUGAACACAUUUCUCAACUGGCAAACAGACUCUGGAUUUGGAUUUUUAUGGUGUUUACAUAUGUUAAAAGGGGAAAGUUAGUCAUGUAUAUCAUUGUAUUUCUGUAUCAUUUGCUUUUUUGUGCAACCUUUAUGUUUAUGUUAUGUUUGAGAUGACACACUCACAGAAACUUUUCCCCCAAAUUUUAAGAUUUAUUUAAUUUUUUUACAUAACAAAUUCCUAAUUUACUUUUUUUUUUCUUUUAGAUCUUUUUAAUACAAACCUAUUAUAUAAACAUUACAUGAUCAAAACUAAUACUAAAGAGUUUAUUUCAAAUGCAUAAAGUUUGUUUGUUUUAAUUGUAUAA